AUGGCAGCGACCUUGGACAUCAAGGGCGAAGAUCUCGUCGGUGCGAAGGAAAAGGUGGUCAUCAUCACCGGUGGGAGCUCUGGCAUAGGCCUCGCUACCGUCGAACUCUUCUCCUCCCUCGGAGCGCACGUCUUCGUAGGGGAUAUCACCUCCCUUCCAAAAUUCUUCCCCAAAACCACCUUCCAGAAGACGGACGUCUCCCUCUGGUCUGACCUGUUAGAGCUGUUCGACGUCGCCUUCCAAGCACACGGAAGAGUCGAUAUCGUACUAGCGAACGCGGGCAUAGGUGAAAUCGCCGACCUGUUCGACCCUGUGCUAGACGAUUCGGGCAGGCCGAAAGAGCCGAACUACAAAACCCUGGAUGUGAAUCUAAAGGGUGUAGUGGGGUGUAUCAAGCUCGCGGUGUUCUAUAUGCGUAAAGGCGGUGGGGGCGGCGUGGGGGUUACGGGGAGUGUGGCGAGCUAUUUGGGAGAGGGGGUGCCGUUGUAUACUGCUACGAAACAUGGAGUCCUCGGUCUCGUCCGCAGUCUCGCCAGCACGCUCAAGAAUGACAACAUCACGAUCAACCUCGUGGCUCCCUUCUUUACCGACUCGGCAUUAAUGUACCCAUCCUUACGCACCUUCUGCACCUCCCGGAACAUCCCCGUCUCCCGCGCAUCAAGCGUCGCCAAAGCACUUGCGUACAACGCCCUCCGCGGUUCGGAGUGGACGGGGAAGGGUGUGUGGGUCGCGGCUGAUAAAUGGGGUGAAGUGGAGGUUGGACUUGAGGAAUCGAGGGAGAAGUGCUUAGGCGACGAAUUUGACGAGCUGAGGAAGAGGGCGUGGGGUAAGCAGGAAGAGGAGGGGAAGGAGUAGCCCGGAUGAAGGGAAAGCGGUGGGUUCCGAGAAUGAAAAUGGGAUGUUUAAUUAACACUCCUGAAUACUUUGCGGUACUUUCUACUUCCUAUCGAAAUGGGCG